AUGGAUCAUCCCCUUCUCCGCUCCGCUUUUUCGAGCUCGCUCUUCACCUCCAAAAUCGCGCAUCCAACCUCUUCCACCUCUCUCUCGCCAAACUUUCACCCUUGGGCCGGCGACUGGCAACGUACACGUUACGAUUCUCCAAUUUCUCGAUUCUUUGGACUCAUCCUCAUCCGCCUGCUCCCCUCCCCUCCCGGCUACGCAGUCCAAUCAGACGCAGAUCCCGACCCGCUGCCUAAACCACGCGCGCCCACCCGACAUCCACAGCGUGGGAUUCGCACUUCACUUUCCAAGCCGGUGCGCAUCAACCCCCAUUGCCCAGUCACUGCCCCGGGCUGGACCCAGAUCGUGCUCGUUCUGCAGAUUCCUCUUGACCCAACGGCCCAACUUGACGCGAUUCCCCCGAGUGAUUGGAGCACUGACGCUUGGAUCACGUAUUCCUGCAGGUCUCUUGCAUCCGCGAGCUCUAGCCUCGCGCUCUCCGUCCACAACUCUUCCGCCAUUCCUGCGCCCUUCCUCCUACCCCCACCGCCGCAAUUCAAGUUCAAGAAAGCGAGACCCGGUCCCACAUCGGAGACAUUUCGGCCUGGGAGCCCACUGGAAGCAAGACCUGAUCGAUCCAGGUGUUGGGGCAGCUGA